AUUCUAUAAAAAGUAAAGAAACCACACAUAACAACCCCAACUUCUUUUCCCUCUCUACUUUGGUCAGACCACUGCAAGAAAUGGAGGAUCAAUGCAGUCCUCUUAGCUGGGAAUUCAGCUACCAUGAAGAGGGAAUGGAGGAGUUAAGGCAUUCUCUCUUGUACACAACCUUUGAGCUAGAGACAACACUUUUAGCAGCUAAGGAGGAGAUUACAAAAAGAGAAUAUGAACUGAUUCAUGUCAAAGAUCUUUUGAGCAGGACCAUCAAAGAGAGAGAUGAGGCAGAGUCAAGAUGCAAGAAUCUAAUGUUGGAGAAAUUCAUGCUUCAAGAACAACUACAACAAAAGCAGCAACAGCAGCAACUACAACUACAACAACAACGACAACAACAACAACAACAACAACAACUACAACAACAACAACAACAAACUGCUUCAAACAAUGAGGAUGACUCAAAAGGCACUGACUCAAGCAAGCAUUUUGCCUCUUCUGACUCUGAUGAAAACAUCAUUUCAUCUCCGGGUACAGACCCAAUUCUCCAACCACCAUUACCACAACCAUUGCCAUCACAAGCAACCUUGAAACUAGUACCCAAGAGGCCACUGCCAGAGAAAGGGAAGCUCCUGCAGGCAGUGAUAGAAGCUGGUCCGCUCCUGAAAAACCUCCUCCUGGCUGGACCACUCCCUCAGUGGCAGCACCCACCUCCUCAACUUAACUCCAUUGAGAUUCCACCUGUUGCCAUUUCAUCACCUACGCCGCGCCUUUUACAGCAGGACUCUUGCAUCAAUUUUAAUGGUGGUUUUAAUAGCAAGUCUAAUUCUCUGUGAUGGCUCCAUUGACCAAUUAGCGCUUUCACAUAACUUGUAGCAGUAUGCCCAUCCUUUUCAUACUAUUAUAUCAUGAAAAGGUAUAAUCAGCAUGAAAUGGAUGUGGCUGUUAUGCAUCGGUUUCAGAAUUUGUACACAACUUUGUCUUAGAAAUGAAAUUCCUAACUUUCUAGCU